AUGUCGGGCGACGUGCCAGCCGUGAGCGUAAAGGAUCUGCGCUAUCAAUUUGCGCAUGGGUUAGGAAGUGCUUUGGAUGGAUGCACAUUGAAUCUGAAGCGCGGCUCGCGCACAUUGCUGAUCGGCGCAAAUGGCGCAGGGAAAAGUACCUUGUUGCGACUUAUGGCGGGAAAAAGGCUGUGCGAUACCGAUAUCCAAGUAUUUGGGAUGGAUGUAUUCCGUAGUCGGCCGCGUGGGGUGACAUAUCUUGGUACUGAGUGGGCUAUGAACCCUGUAGUGCGUGGCGAUAUAUCCGUGGAAGAUUUUUUGAACUCGCUUGGUGGAUUCCGCUUCAAGGAGCGCCGCGAUCGGCUGUUGGAUUUGCUGGAUAUCGAUUUGUCCUGGCAUAUGCAUGCGAUUAGUGAUGGAGAACGAAGACGAGUGCAGCUUUGCAUGGGGCUGAUGGAGCCGUGGGAUUUGCUACUACUCGAUGAAGUUACGGUGGACCUUGACGUGCAGGUGCGCUGCGAUCUGCUAGACUUUCUUAAAGAGGAAAGCAAUGUGCGCAAUGCUACUAUUAUUUACGCAACACACAUUUUUGACGGGAUCCACGAUUUUCCUACCGAUAUAAUACAUAUUCAAUUGGGACGUACCACCACAGACACAUCUCUUCCGUGGCCGCUGAAAGUUUACGCAGGGAUGCCCGAAACCAUUUUGCAAGCGCUUCCGCAAAACCUCGUGGCCGAGAGCAAAGCAGGGACAGCGCACGAGGUGUCGCUUUUGAAACUUGCGCUUGGAUGGUUGCGCGAAGAUCGUGCAUUGCGCGAGAAAAAAGAGCGAAAGCAGGGCAUUAAACGCGGAGCGAAACGCGAUCAAGAGACGACAGACGCGCGGAAAUUCUUUAGCCAGUAUGACUACCAUGCACAUUACGCAUAG